AUGGCGACACCGGAAGUAUUACAGACUCUGGCCGCGCGCCUGCACAAGGACCCAGGAUUUCCCGUUCCCAAUGCCACGUCCGCAUUCUGGCAAGAACCACCGCACGCCUUCGCCAACCAGCAAUCCGAGCAGCUGCCCACAGAGGCCGAUGUCGUCGUCAUCGGCUCCGGCAUCACGGGCAUUAGCAUCGCGCUGCAUCUGUCGCGGAUAGACCCUUCCCUGAAGGUGGUCAUGCUCGAGGCCCGCAGCGCGAUCUCGGGCGCGACGGGGCGGAAUGGCGGCCAUAUCAAGACGGUGCCCUUCGCAGACUACGGCUCGCUCAAGGCUGGUGUUGGCAGGGAGGCGGCGAUCAAGAUCACCAAGUUCAGGUUGGCGCAUUUGGAUGCGUUGAUCAACGAGGCUGAGCUGUUGGGUGAGGCGGGAGAGGUCGGCUUGGUGAGGAGAGUGCAGGCUCUGUGUGGUGUCUAUGAUGAUGGGGCGUGGGAGAACUCGAAGAAGCAGCUGGAGGAGUGGCUGGACGACUUCCCUGAGGAAAGGAAGAAUUGGACAGCGCAUGAGGGCGAGGAGGAGCUGAAGCAACUGGGCCUGAUCAACGCCUCUGGCUGCAUUAUUGGACCCGCAGGAGCAGGCUGGCCGUAUCGCUUUCUGGGCGUUGUUCUAUCGAAACUCAUGCAGGAAGAGCAUGUUACACUGGAGACAAACACGUCCGCUAAGGGUGUGGAGCGGACGCAAUCGACGACGCACCCCUACCAGGUGCAGACCUCGAGGGGGAACAUCUCGGCCAAGCACGUCGUUCACGCUACGAAUGGCUACGUUGCGCAUCUCCUCCCGUCCCUCAGAGGCGCCGUGUGGCCGCUGCGAGGCCAAAUGACGGUACAAUCCAUGCCACCGGAGUUUCCACGCGUGGGCGGCUCCCGGUCUUGGAGCGCGAUCUAUGCAAAGGGGUUCGACUACAUUACACAGUCUCCAGGGGAGGACGGAUCAUUAUACUUCGGCGGAGGGUUUGGUCAAGGAGGCCUGGAGAACGAAGAGGACAUCGGCAACAGCGACGAUAGCCAGCCCAGCAUCUACCCGCUCAGACACUUGGAAGCCGCGCCGGCGAAGGUGUUCGCGCACGCAGAAGGCGCCCAAGUGGAAAAGCAAUGGACUGGCGUCAUGGGCUUCACGGGGGACUACAUGCCGCUGGUAGACAGGUUGAGUGCUGAUGUCUCAGGGCGACAAAACUGCGAUCCUGCUGUUGGUGGUGAAUGGAUCGCCGCAGGCUUCAAUGGUUAUGGGAUGGUCCAUUCUUGGCUGUCCGGUAAGGCCCUCGCGAAUAUGUUGACUGGCAAUGAGGAGGAGAUUCUGGAUUGGUUUCCGAGGGAUGAGUUUGCGUGCGGCAGGGAUAGGUUGCAGCAUCUGGUGGAUGAGCCUUUAAAACACUUUUUUGGAUAG